CUAUUUGCGAGAAAACUCUCGAGUCUCAACUCAGCCUCACAUUCCCUCUCUAUAGUCUAGACCCUUCUGUACUAAAAUGCAGACUGAACUCAACAACUCAGUCAUAGAAUAGAAUGAUAGAAUACUUCCUCUCAUGGAUUCUCUAACACUCACCAAACCCAUCUUUAACUCUUUCUGCUUCACUCCCACAAACCCAAGAACCAAACUUUGGUGUUCUGGCCACUUUUCAUUUUUCAAGUCCACUCAUCUUACCAAAUUCAAAAACUCUCCAAUUUGUUUUUCGUAUAAAAACCCUUCAAAUCAUCAAAACCCAAAACCAAGAAACAAAAAUAACAGAACUUUUUUAUCAAACCCUUUGCGGGCUUUGGUCCCGAUAAUUGAACACAUCAAAGCCUUAGCUUCUUCACGAACAAAAAAAUGGGCUUCACAGCUACAAGCAUACAGUGAUGACUCGGAGAAGGUGGUGAGUGAACACAACGGGGAUUUUAUGCUAAAUGGAGCGUUUGGAUUGGCUUUAUUGAGUAUAACAUCGCAUGCGAAAGUAAAGAUCAGUCCUUUUGUGGCAACAUUAGCUGCAAACCCAACUUUUAUAUCGGGUUUGUUUGCUUGGUUUAUUGCACAGUCAAUGAAAGUGUUUUUGAAUUUUUUUGUGGAGAGGAAAUGGGAUUUGAGAAUAUUCUUUGCCUCCGGAGGGAUGCCGUCUUCCCACUCUGCUUUGUGUACUGCUUUGACAACAUCAGUUGCGUUUUGUCAUGGAGUGGCUGAUUCGUUAUUUCCUGUUUGUUUGGGGUUUAGUCUUAUUGUUAUGUAUGAUGCAAUUGGUGUCAGGCGUCAUGCUGGGAUGCAAGCUGAGGUUCUUAAUAUGAUCGUUGAGGACCUGUUUCAAGGGCAUCCUAUCAGUCAAAGAAAGCUCAAGGAACUUCUGGGACAUAACCCAUCACAAGUUCUAGCUGGAGCUUUGCUUGGCAUCUUGGUAGCCUGUGUAUGUUGCCAAGGUUGCUUAGUGGUAAACUAGAAUCCGUUUCUGCAGGCAAUUUUGGACACGGCAACUCUCAUGUUUAACUUCCUUGAUUCAUUCGUAGAUGGCCUGCUGAAUUCAAUGUAUCUUUACAUUUUUUUUUCCAGGAACUGAAGGACACUAGGACUUGAGAACUGGAUGGAUUGUUUGAGAUGCUUUUAUUCUUUAAUCACAAAAUUAAUUAUCAAUUAAAAUCAUCAUUUUGAUUAUAA